ACGUUGCGUGCGUACGCGCAGUCGCAUAAAAGCCCUCGAUGCGAGUAGUCGCUUGUUAAAUUGCUACUAAUCGAUGUUUCUAUCGUAACGUAACGUGACAUAAGUUGAUUUUAAUAUUUUUUUUACGUGUAAUAAAUGGCCAGCAAGUCGAACGGUGUUGAAGGGUCGGAGUGGGCUCGGGCCCCACCCCCCACGGGGUCCUUUGGGGAUAGAAUUGCAAAAAUUUUUUACGACCCCAGUGAUGGAAGCAUUUUGGGAAGAACGCCGAAGAGAUGGGGUAUAGCAGUGGUGUUCUACUCGGUGUUCUACGCGGUGCUAGCUCUGCUGUUCUCACUGUGCAUGGGCGGUCUCUUCCUAACACUGGACAACAACAAGCCUUCCUUCAUACUUGACAGCUCAUUGAUAGGUGCCAACCCUGGUGUGGCGUUCAGGCCGCUGCCGGCGGAUGGUGUGCUGGUCAAAAUCACUGAUGAUGCCUCCAGUGAUAGAUAUAUUAAAGAGCUUCAGGAGUUUUUAUCACCAUACAAAAACGAGAGCUGGUUCACAUCUAAGCGUAGCUGUUCAGCCGAAGACAACUAUGGCUUCCCAGACGCGCCUUGUUUUUUCAUCAAGUUGAACAGGAUUUACGGAUGGAAGCCAGAUUUCUAUGAACUAAAUUCGUUGCCGUCAGACAUGGACAGUAGUCUAGUGGAAUACAUCACAGCCCUGCCCGCUAAUGAGCUUGAGCAGAUCUGGAUCUCUUGCUGGGAGGAGAAGUUGAACGAAACAAAGAUAGAGUAUCCGUGGGGCAUGGGUCUGCCGGGCCGGUUCUAUCCGUUCCUCAACCAGGCGGGAUACAACAGCCCGCUCAUACCGGUCAAAGUCACACCAUCAGUGAGAAACGAAACAGCGGUGAUUCGCUGCCGGGCGUGGGCAAAGAACAUUGAAUACAACAAAAGUCUGAAGGAGCCGUCAGGUUACACUCGGAUACAGCUACAACUGGGACAGUACGAGAAACUUGCAGCAGACAUAUAAGUACGGAUAUUUCCUGGCAUCGAUCCAGUUCUUAGAAACAACGUGGUCACCCUAUUGCAUAGUUGAAGACGAUUUUAAUAUUCUCAUCAAUCCUGUGAGUUAAUUUGUAUAGUAAGUAGUUCCAUUUGGCUAUAGCUAAGGGAUGUUAUUACAAAAUGUGACGUCAUAAGUUUAAUAAAGUAAGGCCGCUUGUCCACCAACACCGUCACCGGCUCCGACACCGUCACGAGCUAAUUUUAGUCCGUGAUUAAAAUGACGUGACGGCGGUGAAUUGUUCACAGCGACGAUCUCGGAGAUUCAAUGUUGGGGGACAAACGGCUUCGCUUGUAGUCUCCUUGACGAGUCUACACCUGGAUGAAUUAAUAAAUAGUUGGGUUAAUAAAAACUAAAGAUGCAUGUUAUUUUAUUUAUUUUAGUGUCUGUAUGUUUUUCAUGUGUUUAUUGACCAAUUAUUUGUACCUAUUAAGUACAAAAUUGAAACGCGAGUGUAAAUAAUUGUGAAUUUAGAGAACUAUAAGUUUUCACGGCCUUCAUUUAGAAUACUUGUAUAAAACGUAAUGAUAACACACUGUUUGACGUACAUUUUUAGAUUAAUAAUAGAUAUAAAUAUUGUUUUUAACCCUACGCUGAAGAGUUGAAAAACUUAUAUAUGUAAGUUUACCUUUUUAUGAUUGACAUAUAGAAUUUAUUUAUCACUUAGUGAGAUGUGUAAUGCAAACAACAACAUAUAAUAAAUAGGCAUUUGACCCACCUGUUAGUGGUUAGUGUGUUAAUAUAUUGAUUUUCAUUUCUAUUACAUUUAAGAAGCCUUUACCCUUCUUUAGAACCACUAAGGCUCGGCGCUGACGGGCUACCGACCACAGCCACCGGUGACCAGAUACAAUCACACAAUUCUUCUUACAUUUGUGUGAACUGGUUGUCGAUUGCCACCGGUGGCUGUGGUCGGUGCCUCUGUGCCGAACCUUAAUCAAUUACAGUUUUGUCGCUUCUUACGGUGAAGGAACAUCGUGAUGCAACCUGUACAUUUCUGCGUAGAAAUUCAAAGAUAUAUGAGCCAGCGUUGACUAUGUCUCACUUACUCCUAAUUUAGGGUAGGCUUCGAGCUCCACAGUGGGGACGUGUAGUGUGCCGCUGAUAAAGAUUAUUGCCAAUUACCUAUGUUAUUAAAACUGCCUUUUACCUUAAAAAUAUUUUCAACACUUCUAUUUGUCUGGCAGUAUAUCAUUUAAUAUGAUAGAUUUCAUUAUAAUGUUGUUCUUUUUUGUCAUGAAAGUGUUUAUAUCACCACUACUGUAAGUGUAAAGGAAUACUUCCUUUUGUAAUUACUAACUACAUAUUAUAUUUAUAGGUUUUUCGGCAGUAAGCUAUAGACGUUAAGGUUUAACUGAACAGAGUGGCUAUACAAAGUGCAUUCGGUCCAAAGAUAUUUUAAAAAGAACUUCAAAAAUGUAUAGAACUGACAUUCGAUAAGUAACGUGAUUGUUGCGCCUCAGUUUUGUACAUUUUUUAAAUUCGUUAUUGAAUCGUUUUGAAGCGAAUUCACUUUGUCUGGCCCUUAGUUCGUCAGUUAAAACUUAACUAAUGUAGUGGCCUUUAAAAACUAAUUUUAAAUUGACAGCCCAUUAAUGUUUACUAUUGAUAGAAUAAAAAUAGGAAUUAAUUUAAUAGCAAAAUUGUUAGAUAAUUUACUUUUAUUCCUUAUUUAAAAUGUUUGUUUAAUUUUAAUUUUGUUAGUCCAAAAAUGCUUUUUCCUAUGAACAAAAUUAUUUAAAAUAAGAUAUUUGCAUUUCCUUAUUGAAUACCUAAA